GGUUUGGACUUGUAGGAUCACAGAAGCCUGUGGUUGGACUCUCUGGACCACAUACUGACCAACAGCAUUUGACUUACCAUUAUUUGGCAGUCACCCAUGACACAAAUUGACUAAAAACUAUUCUGAUCCAUAGUUUGUCCCAUAUUUCUCUCAUCCAACAUCAUCAUGGCUGAUUCUAGUUUCUCUCUACCACCAGAGGCUUACUGUUCACUGUGUGUGGACGCACUGAGAGACCCGGUCACCAUCCCCUGUGGAGACACCUACUGCCUGGAGUGUAUCAAGAUCUACUGGGACCAGUUUGACCACACGGGUGUGUACAGUUGCCCACAGUGCCAUGCAACCUUCACACCGCGUCCCGUGCUGAGACGCAAUCUGCCCGACGUAAACCACGAGCCACAGCGCCAGCUUCCAGAGCUCACUCCUUUCCCCCACAUGAACCGGGAAUCCUUCUGCGAUUUCUGCGUUGGCCGUCGCAGCAAGGCUGUUAAGUCGUGCCUCAUGUGCCUGGCCUACUACUGCGAAACGCACAUCAAGCCACAUUACGAGUCGUCCACCUUCAAGAGACACAAGUUGGUGGAUGAGACGGGCCACCUGGACAGGAAGAUCUGUCCCCAGCAUGAGAAAGGCCUGGAGCUGUUCUGUCGCUCUGACCAGAUGUGUAUCUGUGUGCUGUGUACUGUCAGAGAGCACCGCAGCCACAACAUUACCUCAGCAGAAGAAGAGCGCAUAGAAAAACAAAAAGUCUUGGUGGUCACCCAGUCUGAUGUCCAGCACAUCAUUCAGGAGAGGAUGAAGGAGCUGCAGGAGCUCAAACAUAAUGUGGAUGUUCUAAAAAGUUGUGCCCAGCGAGCAAAGGCAGAAAGUGAUAAGACAUUCCACGAAAUGCUGCAGGUGGUGGAGCGCUGGAAGGCUGAAAUCAAUCAGAUGAUAAUGGCCAACAUGCAGUCAGCGAUGUCGCAGGCUGAGGGCUACGUGGAGCAUCUGGAGCAGGAGAUUCUGGAGCUGCAGCGCAGAGAUGCAGAGCUGCGACAGAUCCUCGAAUCAGAGGACAACAUUCACUUUCUGCAGAAUUUUCCGACACUGUGUGUUCCUCCUGAGCCCAUGGUGCCCAAAGUGCUCAUCAAUCCUCAGUUCUCCUUUGGAGAGAUGAGCAAGACGGCCACAGAAAUUAAGGAACAUCUGGAUGACAUCUGUAAGAAGGAAUUGAGCAAAAUCUCUAAGACAGUCAGUGAAACCCCCGUGUACAUACUUUUGCCAAGAAAUGGAGACAAACGACUCAAAGUUCCUUCCAGAGGAACUGAUGUUCCGGAGCCAAAAACAAGGACAGACUUCUUAAGAUACUGCUGCAAGAUGUCCAUCGAUCCAAACACAGUCUAUAAAGAGCUGGUGUUGUCGGACGGGAACCAGAGGGUCACACGGAAGAAAACAAUCCAGUUUUACCCAGAUCAUCCAGAACGCUUUGAUGGCUUCUCCCAGGCGCUGUGCAAGGAGGCUCUGACUGGUUUCAGAUUUUACUGGGAAGCAGAGUGGAGUGGGGAGUUUUCCAUCGGGGUGGCCUACAAGAGCAUCAGUCGCAAGGGGAAGAAUUCGCACAGCCUGCUGGGCUACAACGAAAAGUCUUGGAGUCUCCUCUGCUCAGACUCAGGCUACUCUGCCUGGCACAACAAAGUAGACCGAGAUCUUCCUGAUGCUCCCAGGGCCACACGGAUUGGUGUGUACCUGGAUUUUGCAGGCAACACUGUGGCUUUUUACUCAGUAUCAGAGGAUAUGGAGCUUAUCCACAGAUUCAAAGCUCAGUUCAGUGAGCCUUUGUAUGCUGGUUUUGGUGUGGGCUCCUCUGUUACCCUCUGCCAGCUGAAGCCAUUGUGAAGGGUAUAGAACUCACAUGCAAGUUCCUGUUUGGAGAAAUACUGUAUAUAUUGAUUUAAUACAGACACUGCAACUAACAAUCCAAACCUCUAAUGAUAAUAACAGAAGGCCUAUAUUCAACUGUGAUGUUUUUAUAAGCAUUAACAUGUUGUGGCUGAAACAAUCUGCAGAUAGAUGACAAAAAUAUACCUGCAGUAUGUGUAUGAUUGUGUUUGUGUGUUUAUGUACAGUAAAAAUAUAUUUUUUUACUGUCUUACAGGGAGCAACUUUCACAAUUAAGAUGUGAAGCAAUGACAUAAAACACUAACAACACCUUGACGACACUAUAAUAAAGUACAUAUAUUAAUUAUUAUAUAUAUUAUAAUAUAUUGAUGAAUAUUUAGACAAAUAUUCUAAACCAAGUAAUUAAAUAAAAUUUUAACUACUGUAUUUGUACAAAAUUUAACUGUGUUUAAUGACUCAUUUAUAACUGUUGAAUUAAAUUAUUUUUCUGAUCGUCUCUCGCCUCUAGAAUUAAUGCCUUAAAUACAUUUUGCAGACAUUUUACAAAUACACAAAUAUCUGAUUAUAGACAAUUGCAUUUAGUUUCCCCACCCUAUAGUAAUACAGGAUAGGUGGAACAAAACCUGUUAUGAUAAAGAUAUAGACAUUUACCAAGGCAGCGGUAAAAACCUGGGGAUUGGGUAUUGUUCCCGUUAAGGAUGUAACAACCACCAUUGGGAGCUGAGACAUAGUUGUAUAUGCCAGAUUAAUCAAAAUGAUCUUAAAAGCCCUUUUCUUCACUGUUACCCCUGUGUUGGUCCCUCUGCCCCUCCCCUGGUCCAGGGCGUUUCAGAGCUCUGAGAAGUGAGGAGCAGCAGAAAGCCAUCAACAGCCAGAAGAACUGAUACAAAACUGCUAUCAUCAAGAAAAACACGCUUUGUAAAUUGAAAGCCAUACCAACAAUGGACACCGUAAUCACUAUCAGCCAAGAAACCACCCUGUACCUCAGAGGUUUACACCUGAGGAAUAUCACAGGAUGGACGGUUGCAAGGUGUUGUACCAGGCUGACAUAACUCUGCACCAGGGGACGCUUAAUAAGGAACAUUGCACUCAAGAGCUGAAAUAGUUUUGUGAAGAGAGAAGGAUCUCAGCCACAAUCUGGUUGAGGCUGAUACAGAGGCUAUCUGCUCUUGUCUUCCCCCCUCAUUAUAAACCACAGGACGUAGUAUUGGUGGGGAGACCAAAUAGAAGGUUUGCUGCGUAUUCAACUCCUGCCAGAGUAUCCCUCAUGGUCUCCAUGGUGUUUUCUUCAGGUGACACCGACAGUGGAGUUAAGGUUGUGUGGUUGGUGGCGCAAACCUCCAUUUUCUUCCUAAUAAUAAACACAUUAAAUAACACUGGGCUGCUGAACAUAUUCUUGUUGUGGAUGCAUGUACAGUAAUGUACAGACAGUCAAAGUCAUACUGCAAAUGUUUAUGUCAUCAUUUGUAAAUUAAUAACAUAAGAGACUUUGGCUUCAGACAUCUUUUCUCUCAAUCUGGCUAUAUUUGAUAUCUUUUUCUCUUUAUCCAGCAUAUGGUGUUUUGUUUAUAUACAGUUAAAAUUAUCCUUCUGUUUUGAAGCCUUCAUGUUUUCACUUGGCCUUCUCUUUACAGCCUGUCCUCUCUUCCAAUGUUGCAUCUGUGUGGAGUGCUGUGUUGGGGUUGUUCACCCUGUGUUAUUGUGUUUAAACCCCUGAGGUACAGGGUGGCCUGUUGUUGUGUUGUCUGGCUGGUUGCCUUGGUUUCCUGCAUCUACUCUAGGUACACAUAUUCAAAUGCUCUGUAUCUUUAUGGGUUUAUCAUCCAAAAUGUGCUCUUCUUCUCCGUAAUGCUUUUCUGCUGCAUCUCAGUUCUCAGGGCUCAGAAAUGCCUGGGGCCAGGGGUUUGCCAAUGCCUUAACCAUUUGCACAAGCUUAGCUUUAACAACUGGGUUUAUACAGCCCCUCUUGUACCUCCACAGGGCCGGAAAACUUGCUGCAGGGAGCUCUAAUUAUCGCUAUCAUUGUCAAUAUACUGUACCUAUUUAUAUGUAUGUGUACUGUACAUUGUAGUAUAAUAAUAUAUAUAUAUAUAGUAUAACAAUAAUGUUAUAGUGUUUUCUGGUUCCUGGUGAUUUUGGUUUAUAUUUCCAUUUGCAUUUAAAAGCACACAAUUGCAAGAAAAUACCAUAGCGGUCUUAUUGUUCUCUUUUUUUCUUUUGCAUUAAAUCUGCUGUAAUGCCAGUUAAUGCUCAUGACACAAAAACAACAUGGGGAUAAACAGUGGGAAGAAUAAUGUAAACAGAAGUAUGUAUUCUGCCUUGAUUCUACUUGACUGUCAUGGUGGCAUCGUUUUUCAAUAAUGUAAUUUUUCAUUGGUUGUGAAAGUUGAACAGUAUAAUAAAUCUUAUAUAUUUCUUUAGUAAGA